AUGCUACUACUCACCGGGUUCCUAUUAAUCACAUUUUUGAUCAUUAUCAUUGCCUAUCUUAGACAUAUUCGAGAGAAAUAUAGUCUCUUCAAUCGAUUGGCUAUUCCUGGCCCUCCACCGACGCUCCUCUUUGGAAAUUUUUCCGAUCUUGUUAAAACUAAACGCCUAUCAAUCUCAAUUAAACAGUGGACAGAAAAAUAUGGUCGUGUUUUCGGCUAUUUCGAAGGACAUACUCCUAUUUUAGUCAUAUCCGAUCCUGACGUACUACAAGAUGUGUUUGUUAAAUCUUUUUCAAAUUUUCAUUCGCGCCGAACGUUUCCACUUGAAAAUCGAUUUACUAAAACUGUGAAUAUUUUCAGUGCUUUUGGUGUUCGUUGGAAACGACAACGUACUGUAAUUAAUCCAACAUUUUCGCCAGCAAAAAUUAAGAAAAUGAUGGCGCUUCUUUCUCGAAGUAUUGAUGCAUUUAUGUUGAAAAUGGCUGAAGAACACAAAAUGAAACGACCAUUCGAUAUUUAUGCUUAUUUCAAGCGAUUUACUAUGGAUACAAUAUGGUCCUGCUGUUUUGGUAUCGAGACUGACAUGCAAAGUAAUAUUCAUAAUCCAUAUUUAUUUCAUGCGCAGAAAGUCUUUAGCGAAGAAAAUAGUGUGAAAAUCUUAGUACUCCUAUCUUUAUUUAUAACAGAAUUGAAUCAUAUUUGGUACGGAUUACAUUUAGUUGAGAAUUACAUACGUCAAUGGAUUCGACAUAGGUUUUCAUUUACACAAAAAUAUGUCGACGAAGAACCAUCAAAAUGGAUUGUAAGACAAGCAUAUGAACUGAUUGAUAAGCGUGAAAAAUUCGGUCAAAAUAAUCGAACUGAUUUAAUGCAAUUAAUGCUUGAAUCAGCAUCAAAAGAUGACGUCAUUGAAGAUUCGAAAUCAUUUUGUAAUAAAACAGAUGAAGCUAUUAACGAACAAUCAAUUGUUCGUAAAUUAACCAUACCUGAAAUCGCUUCGAAUGUUCUUAUAUUCAUGAUCGCUGGUUAUGAAACAACAAGUACUGCAUUGGCUUAUGCUGCAUAUGUUCUUGCAACUCAUCCAGAAGAGCAACGUCAAUUACAAGAACACAUCGAUAAUUAUUUUGAUUCUGAAACAGAAAAUGUUAGGCCAUCGUAUGAUACAGUAUCUAAAAUGGAUUAUUUGGACAUGUUUAUUCGAGAAACUCUUCGUAUGUAUCCAAUAGCACCCAUAGCAAUCAAUCGUCAAAGUACUGAAGAUUUUCAAAUAAAAAAUUUUGGCAUUAUUCCUGCUGGUACAUCAAUAACGGUUGACAUUUAUAGUUUACACUUCGAUCCUGAUUUGUGGGGACCUGUUGAUCCGCAUAAGUUUUAUCCAGAACGAUUUGCUACGAAACGCCAUCCAAUGGCAUGGAUUCCGUUCGGAAUUGGACCCCGAAAUUGUGUUGGAAUGCGAUUUGCUUUGACAGAAUUGAAGAUGCUACUUAUUUGUCUGUUGAAAAAAUAUUCUGUCAUCGAUUGUGGUGAUCAAACACAUGAACCAUUCGAAAAUCUGAAAGAGUAUAUUGUUAUUGCGCCCGAUCAAGUUAUUGUUCGACUUCAACCGAGAAAUGAACAGCACUAA